AUGGAUCUAGAAUCUAACCAAGCCUUGGCAGAAGAGUGGAAGACAGAGGCGGGGCUGCUCCUUUCCUCGCAACUUCUAUUGGAGUACAAUGCGUUCUAUUUUUACACGGCAUGUGCUGCUCACUUCGGUAAUCCUACGGUCUGUCUCAGGGGACUGGAAAGGUUUUUCAAAGAAUGUAGUCUUGAGGAAAAUGAGCAUGCUCAGAAGAUCAUCGACUUCAUGAAUAUGAGGGGUCUAAAGAUCGAGUUCCAAAGCGUAGAGGCACCAGAUAUCAAAAAGUACGAGAAGACAAGCGACAUUCUUGAGGCUAGCAAAGAAUUUGAGCAAGCGGUGCUUAAAAAUAUAUUGACUAUUUCUGAAAUAGCUGCAAAGGCAGGAGAUGGAACCAUUGUUGAAUUCCUUGAGGAUUUUGUUGCCGAGCAGGUCAGAUCCAUUUCAAAGCUCAACGACUUGCAUGUCAACUGUGUCAGAUGUGGAGAUAGUGGCAUGGGAUUGUUUGUCUUUGACCAGUCACUAUUAAAGGAACAUUAA